UGAAUGAACCGACUGUUAAUGCCGUGCUGGCCACUGUUAACUCACUGUAAACAUACAAAAUGUGCGGCCGAACUUGUUUAACGCUUGAUCCCGACCAGGUGCUGUGUGCGUGCAAAUACCCAAAGAGCAAUAAGGUCAAAGACGAAGAGGACAUCAAGCCGGAAUAUGAAAAGCCCGAAUGGCGCGCAGAGUUCAAUUUAGGACGGCGUUAUCAAGCCUCCUAUAACAUAGCCCCCACAGACAUAACACCCGUUAUUGUCUCUGCAGCGCACUUCAGUGAGGCUGAGGAUCAGCAAUGUGCGCGCACUGUUAUGCCCAUGAUGUGGGGCAUGAUUCCUGCAUGGCACAAGGGCGACUAUCGCAAACAUGGUCUCACCACGAACAACUGCCGACUGGAGCAUUUGAUGGAUUCCAAACUGUAUCGUGGACCCUUCAAGCGCGGCCAACGGUGUGUGGUCGUAUGCGAAGGCUUCUACGAAUGGCAAACCACAAAGCAAGCCAAGGCAUCUGAGCGUGAGGCCUAUUUGGUCUACGUGCCACAGGAGUCGGAGGUUAAGAUCUAUGACAAAAGCACCUGGUCGCCGGCGAAUGUGAAACUGCUCCGAAUGGCUGGCCUGUUCGAUGUAUGGCAGGAUGAGAGCGGCGACAAGAUGUACAGCUACAGCAUCAUUACCUUCGAGUCCAGCCAAAUUAUGUCCUGGAUGCACUAUCGCAUGCCAGCGAUACUUGAAACGGAACAACAAAUGAAUGAUUGGCUGGACUUCAAGCAUGUGAGCGACGCUCAAGCUUUGGCUGCACUGCGUCCGGCUACGGCCCUGCAGUGGCAUCGUGUUACCAAGUUGGUCAACAAUUCCCGCAACAAAAGUGAAGAAUGCAAUAAACCAUUUCAAUUGGCAGCCAAGCCUGAAAAGCCGAAGGGCAUGUUGGCCUGGCUAACUGGAAACAAGACACGACAGCAGCAAAACAAAUCCAAGUCCGGCGAGGACGAGCAACUGCAGGUAGCGGCAACUAAGGAAGCCCCAAAACGAAACCCAACCUCACCUCAUGCUCUGCAAAGCUCUGCCAAGCGACCGCGCUGUGAGUUAAUCAAUGCAGAGCAACAGGAGAGCACUGAUGUACAGGUUAAAUCGGAGGCCACUGUAAAAUUAACAGUUAUAUAGAUAUUUACAAAAAAGCUUCUAAGCUCUUCUCUUAAUGAAUAUUUAAAGCUUUGUAUAGUAUUUAGAAUUUAUUUGCAUUAAAAACCAAAAGAU